AUGCUGACGUCGGCCGCUCGACUCUCCAGCCGCCCAACCCCUUCCAUCCCGGAGAUGACUACUCCCUAUGGGCGUGUCGUACCGCCAACCUCUGGCUUUGGCGUUGGAGGCAUUCUGGAACCGGCGGCAGCGCACCGGAGACUGUCCCUACUGACUUUUCCGGAAGAAGCCGCCGAACGACGUGAGUUGGAGAUUUUGAAAAGGUUUACUCUUGGCGUGGCGAAUUCCGAACUGUAUACCAAAUUCAUACGGAAACAGUACUCGACCUUGUCGAAGGCACUGAAAGUCGCUCGCGGGUUCGAGGCCGCUGAGCUAGCUCGACGAGAAUCGUCGUCCGCCCAAGUCUACGCGGUGGCGACCUCCGGGGCGUCGCCGUUCUGGCACCCUGAUCGACCUUGUAACCUCUCCCCAGCCAGUAGCCCCUACUGCCGUCGGUUUGGCAAGCGGGCCCAACGCUGCGGUCACAAUCCUCCCAUUCGUCCACAACCUCGGCCC